AUGAGCAUUUCGUUACAUCUUGGCCAUUACGCUCAUCCCUUCGUCAACGACUUUGUGGUAGCAUCGUACGAAACUCGAAGGCAGAUCUGCCACACUAACUCAAGCUCCAUAUAUUUUCACCCGCCGCCGCCGCCACCGAACGACAUCCACCUACCACCGACAACACCUCCGCAGCUCGACGACAUGCGCAGCCGGGUGAAGCAAGAACGAGUCCAAGAUAACGACGACUCAGGCGGACUCUUACCACCGCCACCACCGGCCACUACACCGGCUACGACGAUGGCAAUGCGUGCUAGCACGCCUAUCAGCAUUGCCUCUACAACACCAGCGCCAGCGGAAGAUCAACGCUCCUCGUCCGCUAUCGUCACGCCCGGCAACGACGAGGACAUCACCAUGGCUAACAUGGAUGCUUCCGCCACUGCGUCCGUUAUGGAGCAGAUGGGGACUCCAGCUCGGCAACUCAUACAUGCCAUACAACGUCUCGAAGCUCUCAACAUCGACGCCACCCUCGAGUCUGUUCCGAAGUUCGUGGUUAUUGGGGACCAGAGUGCUGGCAAGUCAUCGGUCAUUGAGGCCAUUUGUGAUAUCCAGCUUCCACGCAACGAAGGUACCUGCACCCGCUGCCCAUACCAGAUCAGCACAACCUCCUCCGGCCCCGAUGGCUCCUGGUCAUGCAAGAUCUCCAUCGUCAAGAAGUAUGCCUACCGUCCUGAGAUACGUGCUGGACACAACGGUGCCAGCUUCAACCGCUGGGGGGACCAGGAGACGCAAGUCUUUGAGUUCGUGACACUGCACAGCAAACAGGACUUGGAGGUCGCGUUGUGCCGGGCUCAACUUGCGGUCCUGAACCCGCACCAAGAUCCUCAGUCCUUCCGGAACGUUCCCAUCAAGCGUGGCCAUGUUCACGCACAGAAAGUGGGCUUCUCACCGAAUAUCAUCAGCCUGGACAUAGCUGCCCCGAACCUGCCCGAUCUGAGCUUCUACGACCUGCCAGGUGCUAUCAAUACCAUGGGUGACGAGUCUCAGGAGUUCCUUGUCGAGUUUGUUGAGACGCUAUUGAAGAGAUACAUCCAAGACGAAGAAGCGCAUAUCGUCCUCGCUUGCGCUGCGAACCAAGAUCUUGAAGUGUCCACAGCUCUUCGGUUCCUUCGUCAGUGCAAGGCCACCCAGCGGGCGCUAGGUGUGCUCACGAAGCCAGACCUGGUAGACGCCACGCCAGGGAAAAUCAAGUUCUUCGAUGACCUUCUUCACGGCAAGCAGUACAAACUCGGAGGCGGAUGGUUCGUCACGAGACAGCUCUCACAGAAGGAGCUCAAUGGUGAGCAUGCUUUGACGCAUGAGCAAGCUCGUCAGAUCGAGGCAAACUUUUUCGCUGCAGGGGCAUGGAGCACAACUUUGGGAGCAUACGCCAACCGAUUCGGCAUCCCGAAUUUGCAGCACUGCAUCUCGCGGGAGUUGACCGACGAUAUCGUCCGCAAGUUGCCAACAAUUGUUGCGCGUGUGCAAGGCCGGCUGUCCUCUCUGAACGACGAAUUGGCCAUGUUCCCCGAGCAGGCCGCUCCGCAGACAGCCUCACUGACAGUGAUCACGGAGAUCGAUCGGGUCAAGACGGCCAUCAUCGCCCAAAUCAACGCUGAUAGCAACAUCAGCACCUUUCGCAACGACUAUCGAGAAAUGUACCGCAAUCUUGGAAAGAGGCUGCGCAACCUCAAGCCUGAAGUCGUAUGGGUCACGCCGGGCUACACAAAGCCGUCCAUUGCUGUCGACAGCGACGAAGAAGAGGGGACUCCUUGUAAGCGGAGUCGAACAAACAAUGGCCAUCGCGCAGUUAGCGCGGCACCUGGCAGCUCCGGUAGGGCUGUGCGUCGAACUCCCGCCAGCUCCAGCUCCUCGCAGCAAACCUCAUCACGUCCCGGAAAGACCAUCUUCCGACUCAACGAGGUCAAAAAGAGAUUCGACUCCAGUCCAGGUGGUGACAUUCCAGACCAAGUUAGCGACUCCGUGGUGAAGAGCCUAUCGGUGGAGCCUGUCGCUGCGUGGGGCAAUCUGACAAACGGUCUUAUCAAGCAGAUUCGUACGGCCUUUUCUCAGAUGUUGGAGAAUGCUAUCAACAAUUCUCUUGCGCAGAGGAGCACGACCGAGCUAUACCGCCGCACCGUCGAGAUCACCAACGCGCUCUUCGAAGAACACCUCCAGGAAGUCACAGACUUUGUCUGCCGCCUGGUGGCAAGUGAGUGCCAUCGCGCGAUGACCUACAAUCCACUAAUCUCUCAGAAGAGGGCGGCAUACGAAACUGAAAACCUUAGGCUACGCCGCGAGCAGCGCGUUGAGGAGUACUUCGAGACACUCGACGCUGAAGGUCGAAAAGUGCCCAACAUUCCCGAGCAGAAGAAGAAAGCCGACGACAUCGCGUGGGUGACCGCCAACCUCGGAAUCGACCAGUACGAGCGUGAGGUCAAAGCUUUGGCAACCCCGUUGGCAUACUACGAGAUUGCUUCAGCUGGCCUGGUCGACACCAUCGCCAAGCAGUUUGAGUGCGGCCUCAUGUACUCGUACGAGGAUCGUCUUCAACGCAAGCUGCUGGAGGAGCUGCGGGCUACGACAGACCCGGAGUACUGCGUGUCCCUGCUCGCUGAGGAUCCUGAGCGCGAAGCCAGACGUGAGGAGUUGCUGGCAGAACGAGUCAAGCUGGAGAAAGCCUUAGCUGAGCUUAAAGCUUUGCCGGGUGCUCAUACUUGA